CUUUCUUUUAUUCAUUAUACUCGUUAUACUCGUUAUAAAGCCCUGCGACGCAAACCAUGGCUCCACAGCUACAAAUAUAAUAAGAACAACCGCCCUUCGAACCUACAGCAUGAUUUCAGAAUGGCUGAGAGACCGGGUACAGCGAAAGCCGAGAAAAAAGUGCCCGAGGUAGAGGGGUCCAAGCAAGAUGACCACCAACACGAUACCCUCAAAUACCAUCUUCUCGGGCCAUCGCUCACCAAAGCCGGCCAGGAUUCUGUCGACCAAUCCAAAGUUUCGGAAAUUAUAUAUAAUGCCUCUAAAGGUUCCAAAUUCUUCAACCGCGAAGAGGAGAAGGACAAGAUCUUGACUCAGAAGAUCGAGCAGAUUCUAGAGAAGAAGCGCCGUCUUGAGAAACUCGAUCUGACCCGCGAGCUGCGCGCUGCCGAUCAACUCAUAACCCAGCUCGAAGUGUCUCGUGAUUUGACCCAGUAUAUAGUUCACGUCGAUUGCGAUGCCUUUUACGCUGCCGUCGAGCAGCUCGAUCGCCCCGAGCUCAAGGAUGUCCCAUUUGCCGUUGGUGGUGGCGUCCUGACUACUUGCAACUAUGUCGCUCGCCAAUUUGGCUGUCGCAGCGGCAUGGCUGGCUUCGUUGCUAAGAAGCUCUGCCCUAAUCUUCUCCUUCUGCCUCUCAACUUCGAUAAGUACACCUCUAAAGCCCAGGAGGUCAGACAAGUCUUGGCGCAGUAUGAUCCGAGGUUCGAAAGCGCUAGUAUCGACGAGGCUUACCUCAACAUUACCGAAUACUGCGCCGAACGUAACAUGACGCCCGAGGAUACUGUUCAACAAAUGCGAGAUGAGAUUCAUGAGAAGACCAAGAUCACGGUUUCUGCCGGAAUUGCUGCGAAUUCAAAACUCGCCAAAAUCUGUUCUAAUAUGAACAAGCCUAAUGGACAAUACGUCUUGCCUAACGAUCGUAAUGCCAUAAUGAAUUUCAUGCGGGAUCUCCCCACGAGGAAGGUAAACGGAAUCGGGCGGGUUUUGGAACGGGAGUUGCAGGAGAUAGGAAUUAAGACGUGCGGCAAUAUAUAUCCUCAUCGUCAGCUUCUGCGUCAACUUUUCGGUGAAAAAACUUACGAAUUUCUACUCAUGUGCUAUCUGGGGCUAGGCCGGACCGAAAUCCAGCCCGCGGAGGAGUAUGAACGGAAGAGCGUUGGCACCGAGAGCACGUUUCGGGAUCUUUCAGAUCCGGUACAGCUGAGAGAGAAAUUGCGGCAGACGGCGGACGAAUUGGAAAAGGAUAUGCGAAGAGCCGAAUGUAAAGGCCGUACUCUCGUCCUAAAGAUAAAGCUUCAUACGUAUGAAGUUUUGACGAGGCAAGUUGUGACCCCGCGAGCUAUCUGUGCCGCGGAUGAUUUAUACAAUUACUCGUUGCCUAUCUUGGCUAAGUUGGAGCAAGAAGUGCCGGGUAUGAAAUUACGAUUAAUGGGCCUUCGGUGCACGAAUCUGAUCAGCACUAAAAAACCUGACACUCGUAGCUUUUUUGGGCUGCGACUUUUGAAAUCGAGCGAAGCUGCUCCGGCGGAUAACAUGAUUCCACAGGAGUUACAGGAGUUACAGGAGGACAAGUCUCAGGACGACGAUAGCCCUGGGCCCGGCCUCGACCGCCCCACGUCAGAGAAAGACGAUACUUACCGGCACCAUGGCAAAGAGAUCGUCCCCAAUCCUAAGCGUGCAGCGCCCGAACCAGAGCCAGAGAAGUGGUGGGACUGUCCCAUCUGCAGCCGGCCCCAGGCUACCGACGAGCGCCUCUUCAACGAGCAUAUAGACCUGUGUCUCUCGAGACAGGCAAUCCGUGAUACUGUACAGCGGGAGUAUAAGCCUAGUCCCAGCCCUGCAGCUGAUGUGCCACCGCCCAAGCGGCGGAAGGGCAGUGCCGAGAAGAAACGCGGUCGUAGUUCGAAUUCGGCUGACCCGAGGCAGACAAAGCUAUUCUUUGGCUGACAUUCAUGAGAUACGUCUAUAACUUGUAACGACAUUUUGUAUAUAUCUUGGGUAACGACAUGCAUAAACGAAGCAGCAGUGCUAAGUUUCUUUCCCCUUCCUGUCCAUUGUAUUACCUCCCAUGGCUAUACAAUACCUCUUAUUGUAAAAAUUUUCUUCUCUAUUCUCAUAAUAAUCCUACCAUAAACGUAUGAUGCCCACUAUAUGGCUGUGGUUUUAGUCAAUAUAUGCUAGGCGUAUAGAGGCGGUAAUGAAAGACCACAAACUGAGAGGCAGAACAAAGGGGGCGGUGGCUGUAAUUCAAUUGAUGACCACCCAACAUGCCCACUCUGGGGUGCCCCCAAUAAUCUAGUUAAUAAAGGCUACCUAGGUAGAUUUAUAGCUUAAAUAUCUUUAAAGCACUGAGAUGUUACCCCUGAAGCUGCGAGUUGUUAAGGGAUACAUAAUUCCAACACUGGCGCAUCCAUUCAUAUUUAGUCAAGAUUUCCAU